CCAGCUGCCAGGCAACGCAUCCAUCGCUGUUGCUUCCCAGAAGCCUCCAUCUUUCCUCUCCCCCACGGUCCGGAUUCCCUCCUCGCCGUAAUGGAGCCCGAAGCUAGCGAGCCGUUUUAUUUGCGAUACUACUCUGGCCAUCAAGGGCGAUUUGGACAUGAAUUCCUAGAAUUCGAUUUUCGUGUCCUUGGGGACGGCCGCAGCGCUUCCGCGCGAUAUGCGAACAACUCCAACUAUCGAAACGACUCCCUAAUUCGAAAAGAGAUGUGCGUAAGCCAUCUUAUGGUCAAACAGAUCAAGAAGAUUGUCAAGGAUAGCGAGAUCAUGAAAGAAGACGACACGAACUGGCCACAGAAGAACAAGGACGGCCGCCAAGAGCUGGAAAUCCGCAUGGGCAACGAGCACAUUUCGUUUGAGACCGCGAAGAUUGGCUCAUUGCAAGACGUAACAGACUCUCAAGACCCAGAAGGUCUCCGUGUCUUCUACUACCUCGUUCAGGAUCUCAAAGCGCUGGUGUUCUCCCUCAUCGCCCUGCAUUUCAAAAUCAAGCCUAUCUGAUUUUUUGUCUGGCAUCUCCGGAUGGCGUAUGGCGCCUUGCUUUUGUCGCCGACAAAUCACUUCCGACCGUAUUACUGGCGGGAAGAUCUCGGUCAACUAGUGGUCUUGUGGGGAAUGCACGUCUGGAGUCCAGAAUCAUGUCCUGUGGGUUUACACGCCGCUGUCAGCCGUCUGAAAGUCUAGCGAUCCCAUUUCUCUAUCAUAGGAUGCAGAUUUUUUAGAGUCUGCGCGUUCUGCGUUGAUCGCCU